AUGAAAUAUCUUGACAUUGUGAACGGGACCAUCUUGGAUGAUCCUGAAAUAAGCUCGAAGCUUAACCUCUCCAAGCCGAUAGCGUUUGUAACACACGGUUGGACAGACGAUGCCCGCAAGCUGUGGGUGCAGGACAUUGCACAAAAAGUAAUACGACACCUCGAUAGAAACGUGUGUGUUGUGCAGUGGAAGCAGCUGUCAGCGUACAAGUACAAGCAAGCAGCUACAGAAAAUACGUUGAUAGUGUCGGACUAUUUAACUAAAUUGAUAAGAUUUUUAGUUCAAAAUGGACUCGAGCUGAAGGAUAUGAUACUGAUUGGUCACAGUUUGGGUGCCCACGUCAUGGGUCAAACGGGGUACAACUUCAACGGUGAAAUUGGUCAAAUCUACGGAUUGGAUCCCGCAAGAGCAUUCUUUACCGUCCCUGAGGACAGAGGUCUGCAAUACCGACUGGAUAGCACGGACGCCAAAUACGUUCAGAUGAUCAUUACCACGAGAGGCCUCGGUGGUGUCCUUUUUGGCGAUGGUCACGACAACUUUUACCCCAACGGAGGAACCAAUCCCCAACCACACUGUACGUUCCCUCUUUUAACUGAUGCCGAGUUCGCAAACCAACUUCUCUGCAGCCACAUUCACUCGACAACACUGUUCCGGCUAUCACUCAGCCCGUGGACCCUGUACCUAGGAAAUCGCUGCGACAGCUACCCACAAUAUCUGCUAGGAAUGUGCAAAGACCACAAGCCGAACAAUCUAGGGAUAUUCAACAACCGAGCAGGAGGAGACUUCUACCUUAGAACGACACCCAAAUCACCUCUCUUCGAUCACAUGCAUCAUUUGGGGUCGUUACAUCAUGGUAGUGAAACAGCGCCCUCUUUCGACACCACAAUCGCUGCUGUUCCCAAUCAAGUACCUUCAGAGCCCACGUCCUCGGAAGAAAUCGUUCAAAUGGCAGUUCCAAAUUUCGAUACAACAUCCGUUUCACCGAUCGUUUCGAGCACGACCGUUCCUAGGGUUGAUCCUCUGGUUCCGCUGGCUCAAUUGCUCGGGUCGCUCCGGCAUCCUAGCAACAUGACCCGCCCACUGCAACCGUCCAGCCUUCGCGACCUUCCGGAUGCUUGGUUCGUUGUAGAGCUGCGCAAGCUCGUGGUUCAUUCUCCGCCGCCAUCCGUCAUUCCCAAAUACGCCGCCAAAGAUGGUCCUGAGCACUCGACGUUCGAAGACGCUUAG